UUCCACAGCGUGGCUCGCAACGCCUGGUGCGUAUACACCGGGUCACCUCUAAGUAAUUUACGCUUUCGACACGUUUUUAUCCAGAAAAAACUAUAUAAUGAUCAUAGCCUAAAUUAAAACGAAACAUGGCUUCCGAUUGUCACUUCACGGACUCUAUAUCCAAGGAAGAGGAGGAGGACGAAUUUGAUCGGAUGUUGAAGCGGAUCGGUGGAAAGGGCAAUAUUUAUUUAGUUGGAGACGCGGAUGGAGAAAACAACUGCAGCCUUUUCCAGGAGUUUAUCAUGGACAUGUUUCAUUCCGAGGUGCACAUUAGAAAAGACAAAAACGCAAACCUGGGUAACGGGGAGAUCAAAUCUUCCACUGUCUCUGAAGAUGCUAAGGGAAAACGCGGUAAUAAUCACGCCGACGUGGACGAGAACUGCGUCCGACACAAGCGCAACAUCUCCCGACAUAACGGACGUGCAGUUUGCUGCGCAGUCAUCGUCUUCAUCUUCAGACACGGACGCAUGCAGAGCAAGACGAACCGUGUGUGUAUGGAGGAGAUCCUAAAGGACGUAAAGGUUCGAGUGAAGAAAAACCAUGGAGUUCCUCAGGCAUUACUGGGCCUUGUUCAUGCUGAUGCUGUAAACUCAGAGACUCGAGAGUCUGUGACGCUCUUGGAGAAGACAAUGAGAUCUGUGUUCAUAAAGCAUCCACAUGACUCCAUAUGGACUGGGCAUUUUAUUCCUAACACAGCAGAGAGCAUAGAGAACAUUAAGAAGAACGUCUGCAAAGCUGUGAGCGUGUCUCAGAGCCCAGAUAACAUAUUGAGGCGUAAGCGAAAUAUUUUCUGGCCGUUGGUACAGCGCUGGAUCAGGAGAGGACGUAGAGAACAAACCAAAGUGACAACACCUGCUCAGGCAAAGAAUGGAGAUCCUGAAAGUACAGAGGAAGGAAUUCCAUUACAGAUGAAAUCCAGCUCACAGUCCUGACAUAAGGUUUACCAGCAGGCUGGGCCUGACCUGAUGACCUGUGAAAUCCACAGAAAGCUGAAAUCAGCCUGCUCUGAUUGAUUCAUUAACUAACUGGAAUACUGAAGGAGCAUUGGAAUAUGAAGUUUAUGCAUAGGUGCUGCUACUGCUCUGUACACCUUCAAAAUCAAAUUUUUGAAGACUUUACAAAGACUUUUUUUUUUAACCUUCUUUUUCUGCCUUUGGGGUCCACAAAAAGGAUGCCAUUCACCAAAAAGUGCCUCUAUUGCCUCUAUAAAAGUUUUAAAGGAAGUUAAUUAGAGUUACAUUUUUAUAUUUGUAUCAUUCUGAAUCUUAUAAUUUAGUCAGGUAAUAUAAAGUGAGAACUAAUAGUUUUGGAUUUCAAUUAAUAGAUAAAUAAAUCUAGAACUUAAUUCUGCGGUAACAUCUUAGACAUUAAAAAUAUUUUAUUUUAAUUGUAUUAUUUUAUGUAGCAUUUUAAUAGCAGAAUAAUUGAAGUACUGUAUAUUUAUUGUUUUAACUUUAAUUUGUUUAGCUUGAUUUUUUUUUUUUUUUCAUUUUAACGGUUUUAUUGGUGAACACAUUAUAUUUCACUGAUGUACCCUAACUAAGCGUCGGAAGUCGUUUCAUUAAACAAUAAAACCAGA